GUUAUAUAAAUUCAACAAAAUAUGACACAAAGUAAAACAUCUGAAAUCGCACUGUGGAUGUAUUGGACUUCAUAAUUGCAUUUGGGGGCAUGUACAAUAUACAGCCUUACUUAGGGCGAUGGCCUCCGGCCAAUUGAAAGGGAGUCGUGUUCAGAUCCCCGGAUCAGGAGUGGUGCAGACGGACGCCGCGAGACGUCCAGUGCAGUAGCGCGACCGAUCCCGGAGAAGCUGGCGGAAGCCCCAGGGAGAGUUCUCAUUUCUUUGUGAAUGGGUUGGACCCGAGAGAGGGGCCCAAGCCCUGGCAAGCGUUGCUUUCCGGCGGUGUCUUACUUAUUCUGUAAUUGUCAAUGGCAUGCUCCUUAAGAGUACAUCUUGAUGUACUCUUAAGGAGCAUGCCAAUGACAAUUACAGAAUGGUUACCUGGAGGAAAAUGGGGGAGGGUCAUGCUUUUUCAAUCAAGUCUUUGACUGAACACCAGGAGGGCCUACAUUUUGGGGAAAAUGCGCAGUACAGGCACAAGUGGGGUGCCCCCGAACCCCCCUGUAGCCAGAAACCACAACAACAGCCCUGGAAACUCAGGUUCCCAGUAUGCCUUGUGUGCCCUGGGGGUGGGGCUGGUGGCCCUGGGCAUCGUCAUGAUUGUGUGGAGUGUGGUGCCCUCCAACACGGCCGGGAACAACAGCGGUGGCACUGGAGGAGGGAACCCCAAACCAGACAACAGGGGCAGGGCUUCGUCGGUGGCCUUUGUGCUGGUCGGGGCUGGGGUGGCCAUGCUCAUGCUGUCCCUGUGCCUGGGGAUGAGGAACAAGCAGCGGGAGCAAGCUCUUCAAGAGGCCCAGACUCUGGGGGCAGACAACGUAGCUGCCAGUGAGGAGGACGGAGAGACGGCCGAGGAGCGAACCCAGAGGUACACCGUGCCCAGCUACGAGGAGGCAGUGGGCAGCGGCCAGUGGCCCAUACGCCAGAGCCACCUGCGCCACAGCUCCUCCCAGCUUCCUUCCUACGACGACCUGGUGGACGGUGUGCAGAUAGAGGUCGAAGGAUCAGCGGUCACUCAGAUGACAGCCACUUCCGCUAACCCUGCCUCCUCUGCUGCUGCGCCUAACCACCGCACUAGGCGAACAGGCCUCAAUCUCCUUCCCCUUAAAAUUCAGAGGAUUAAAUCAGAGAAGAUCCAUAUGAAGAAUACGGAUAACUCUCAGCCGCCGGGAGGGAUGAGUAUUGAGCCUCUUACUCCACCACCAAUGUAUGAGGACAAAGUGCCCCAGCUCUGAGACUUGGUGCCCUCUAGGUAUCAAAGCAGGGUACUGCAUCCUCUGUGGCCCGCUAUGGGUGGACAUCUGCUACAAUAGAUGUAAUCAGAUGGCCCCUUGUCAUGCAUCUGUGGCUAAAUCAUCUCGAUGGCACUUGUCAUGCUUACCUGGCUUUUUUUAGACCUGACACUCAAGGGGAGUGAGCAGAGAGCACAGUUCCAAACGUGGGGACUUUGGGUCAACACUGUUGCUGGACAGAGAGCACACUUCUGUUUUUAGACAGACAUUGAAUCUUACAAGGUCAUUGAAGCUCGGGUUCAAAGGAUCAAUAUGAUUGGGAAAAAUACUCCCUCAAUGUCUUAUAGAUGCCUUUUGAUUACUUUACAAUGAGCCCUGUUCCAAAUCUCAUUUGUAUGCAGCUGACCAUAUUUUUUUAUACUCCUACUGAUUUAAUUUCAAGUUCCAUCUUCAUCCUCAGUCAAGUCAGCCAUCAUGGUGUGCUAAAUGUAUUAUUAUUCAUGUUCAAGUUUUUGUAUUCUGUACAGCUACUUAGACAGCUGCUCCUUGGAAUUUUGAGUGGUGUUAUUUGGCGACUGAAUUAAUGGCUUUGCACAGACAGACAGUGUUUGCUGUGUUGCUUAUCAAUACAGGAUAAUUGAGAAAGAGACUGAGGCUCAUUGAUAGUUGGAAGCCUUUGCCCUGUAGCCACGGCUAAAUGGGUUUGGGCUCUGAAGGCAGUAGUGUAGUCCAGCUUUUUUAAUUAGCUGUUUUAUGCUCAAUGGAGGACACAAGGGACUCUUUCCCUGAGCAGCUGGGAUAAUGGCACCCAUUGCUCACUCACGCAUCACUCUUGAACUAUACAGCAAUACCAGCUCCUUGACUGCCAGCACUGUUUUCAUUAGGAUUAUUCAGAGGAUUAAGUUGUUGCGGUGUCCAAGGUUUGACCCCAUUUUGUUUAGUGGAGCAAGAAGACGUCAGUGCCUUUUAUCUCUCUAGUCUAUUUGUUUCAUGCUUACCAGACUAUGGAAGUUAGCAAAUCAAUGCAGUAAUCGGAUUUCCAGAAUGUUAUUUUAUCAUAUGGAUGCUAUUUUCUGAUUUGAUGUCAUGUUGAUGACCCUGUUCAGCAACUACUCACUACAUUUACUGUAGGUGGGAACUCAAACAAUACUUCUUGGCAUAAGUAAGCAGUUGCUAAACUAGCAUAUGCAUACCUAUGCACAACAGAACAAGUUUUUUUUUUAAAGAGGAAACUUUUAAUGCUGAAUUACUAGUUUCUAAAUGUAAAAUAGCAUGCACCUCAGGUAUAUUUAGUUUUAUAUAUUUUUUUAUAGGCUCUUCUUUCAAUAUUGUUGAUACUCUGUAGUUGUCACGCCUAUGUAAUGUUUUCUGUACCUCUGUGUAUGUGAGACCAUUUUUUACUGUAAGGAAUCAGUGGCUUAUGACUUCCAUUUUCUGUACUCUAAGGGACACUACCCUCUAAAAGGAACGUUUGUCAGAUGUUUUCAAACCUCAAAAGUGGUCUUAUGUUGAAAGAAGUCUACGUCCCACACUAUGGGUUUCAUAGAUCCAAGGAUAUGUCACAGCCUCAAGUGAAUGUAAAAGAUGAGCACCCAAAAUGCUUAUGUUUUUGAAUGGAAAUGGUGCUAAACUUUCCCAUUCAUAAACGGAUCAGCACCAAGACGAGCACCAUGGAGCUUAAUUAAUAAACAGAUUUAUGAAUGAACAAUUAUGGGUUGUGAUCUGGACUUUUCCAUUCAUUUGGGGACGAUAUCUGUAUCUACACAAUCAAUGGUGUUGGACAUGGAUCCAUCUUCACAUUAGGCUUAUUUUGAGGUAUAAAAACACCCGACAACUUUGUGGAACAUAAACAUGGUCAGGCUGUUCAUUAGUUCAAUGGACUUUUCUCUCAACCAGGUGUGUGUGACUUUUAUUACGAUAAUUUCAAAGACCAUUAUUUGUACUGGAAACUACAUGAUUGGCUUAUAUAACUAAUACCCUUUUGUAUGUAUCUGAAAGUAUGUUUUUGUAAGAGAGGAAUUCUGUCUAGUGUUUUUGUUGACUUCAAGAUGAUGCAUUCUUGUUGUGGACACUAAAGGAGCGGAGUCUGAAAAUUGUGAGAAAUAAAAGGAAAUGUUUGUAUUCUGACCACGCAAAUAGUGGUCAGAAUACAAAUAGGUCCUGUGACUCAUUUUCAGUAAGCCCACUAACAUGUGUUUCUAGGAAGGCUUAAAUCAUUCCAAUGCCACACUUCCUGUCAUUUUAUAUUGUGGAGAUAGUGUAGGUGAUAUCUAGCCUGGUCCCAGAUCUGUUUGUGCUGUCUUGCUAACUCCUAUGGUAAUUAGGAGGUGGGCAGACAGGAAAAACAGAUCUGGGACCAGGCUAGGAGAUAUCUGUACUUUUCCGCUAUACUAUUCACCUCACCUUGGUUACUGUAAAGCUGAAUGAAGAGGAAACAUAGCACGAGUGUACGCUUUUUCUCUAAAGUAUUAAAUCGUUGUUGUAGUCAAGGUAAUUUUCUGUGAGAAAAUACUUCUACCUUCAAUGCAGUUCCUUUUAAAAAGUUCCAUAAAACCCUGUGUUAGACAUGACUGUAUUUAAACGCUGUUAUGUGAACGACGUUGCUGUCUGAAAGGCUUUUUAACUCUGAUAAGGAUUUCUGUUUUGGCUUGAACAUGUACAUUAAAUGUUCAACUUCCAGGAA